AUGCAGCCUCUCGAGCUGACCCUGGUCGUGGCCGCUACGCGCAGCAUGGGCAUCGGCGCCGGCGGCACCAUGCCCUGGAAGGGCCUCCGCAACGAGAUGAAGUACUUUGCGCGCGUCACCACCCACCUCCCUCCUCAUUGCCCCCCCGGCGCGGUCAACGCCGUCAUCAUGGGCCGCAAGACCUGGGACUCGAUCCCGCCCAAGUUCCGGCCCCUCAAGGACCGCCUCAACAUUGUCAUCACCCGCUCCGCCGGCCCGGCACCCGGGAAGGACGAGAACCCGGUGCGCGUGCCUUCGGUCGAGGCCGCGCUGCGGUACGCACGCGCGCACUGCGCGGGCGGCCGGGUCUUCAUCAUGGGCGGCGGGCAGGUCUACGCGACCGCGCUGGAGCGGCCCGAGGCGCGGCGCGUGCUGCUGACCAGCAUCGACGCGGACCACGACUGCGACACCUUCUUCCCGAUCAGGCUGGGGACACCCGGCGAGGGCGGCACGGAGCCGGGGUGGACGAGGCGCUCGGACGGGGAGUGGAGGGCGUGGACGGGGGUGGAGGAGGGGGAUGGGCGCAGGGAGGAGGCGGGCGUCAAGUACGAGUUUCAACUGUGGGAGAGGGAGUAG